AUGUCAACGAAUUCGUUAGAAUCUUUUCAUAGCGAAUUAAAGAAAAUAACAUCUUCGUUACAUGGUUUGAUUGGUGCUGUUCAUGGGAUAGUUAAUAUCGAUUGCAAAAAGAGAUCCAAAGCCGAAAGUGCAUCCUUUGAUUUUCGCAUCAAAAAAGUAUCCACCUAUGGUGUUGAUGAUGAUAUUCUCAAAAAAUAUGUUCAAACAGAGCAACAAAAAGGCGCUGAAAGUCAAAAAAUUGCUGUAGGUGAAUUAACCAAAAGAAUGUGCGAUAGGUACUGGCAUGUUGAAGAGAUGGGUGAUGUUGAAAGAAUGCAAUCUUUUAUUUCUAUGUUAGAAGCCUUUGUGGAUCUGAUCAUCUCGCGUUUUGAUAAUAAUUCAAGUGGAAAAACUUAA